AUGUUGAGACAUUUAUGGGUUGUUUGUCUAAAAGCUGAUACUCUUUGGAUUGAGUGGAUCCAUACCUAUGUCAUCAAGGAACAGUUUGUGGAGGGUGAUGGUUUAUCCACUUUCCUUUGGGUUGAUAACUGGCAUGCCCUAGGUCCUUUGUACCAGAACUUUGGGGAGACAGUUGUAAACUUGGGUAGAUCCUUGGAUACUAAGGUAGCUGCUAUCAUCAACCAAGUAUCAGAUUCUGUCGGAUGGGUUCUUACUGGUAAUGGGCUUUUUCCCACAAACACAACCUGGCAAACCUUGAGGGUAACAUAUCCUAGCGUUCCUUGGACUAAAUGUGUCUGGUUCCCUAAUCACAGCCCUAGAUGGGCUUUCAUUGUCUGGGUUGCCAUCUUGGGAAGGCUGUCUACAAAGGACAUGUUGCUUAGUUGGGGCAUGACAGUGGAUGCCACAUACAGUCUUUGCUCCAAAGAGAUUGAAACUCAUGAUCACCUCUUCUUUACUUGUGAAUAUUCCGGUAUGGUUUGGGAUAUGUUACUCCGGAAGAACAUUAUCAUCAGGCAUGGUUUUGGUCUGCAAGGGGAAGUGGAGUGGUUAUGCUCUCAUAGGAAAGGGGAUUCCACUGCUUGUAAAGUGAAAGAUUCUUUUGCAGCUGCAGUUUAUUGGCUCUGGAAAAUGAGGAAUUUUAGCCAGUUUCAAGGGAAAGCUAUGCCUGCUCCCAUGAUAGGUGCCCAAAUUGUAGAUAAAGUUUUAGCUUCCAUUGCUUCCUGGAGGCGUCUCAAGCCUACGUUUGAGAAUAGAUUGAUCAUUGACGGCAAGUACAUGGAGGCUGAGUUUUAG